AUGUUGAAGCCACCAUUGCCACUCAGAUCCCUCUUAUUCCUGCAGCUGCCUCUGCUGGGGGUGGGGCUGAAGCCAAAGGUCCUCACGCCCAAUGGGAAUGAAGACAUCACAGCUGACUUCUUCCUGACCUCUACACCCGCUGGGACCCUCAGUGUUUCCACUCUGCCCCUCCCAAAGGUUCAGUGUUUUGUGUUCAAUGUCGAGUACAUGAAUUGCACCUGGAACAGCAGCUCUGAGCCCCAGCCCAGCAACCUGACUCUGCAUUAUGGGUACAAGAACUUUAAUGAUGAUGAUAAACUCCAAGAGUGUGGCCUCUAUCUAUUCUCUGAAGGGAUCACUUCUGGCUGUUGGUUUGGAAAAAAGGAGAUCCAUCUCUACCAAACAUUUGUUGUCCAGCUCCAGGACCCACGGGAACACAGGAGGCAGCCCGAACAGUUGCUAAAACUGCAGGAUCUGGUGAUCCCCUGGGCUCCGGAGAACCUGACACUUCGCAACCUGAGUGAAUUCCAGCUAGAACUGAGCUGGAGCAACAGACACUUGGACCAUUGUUUGGAGCACCUGGUGCAGUACCGGAGUGACCGGGACCAUAGCUGGACUGAACAAGCCGUGGGUCACAGACAUAGCUUCUCUCUGCCUAGCGUGGAUGCACAGAAAUUCUACACGUUCCGUGUUCGAAGCCGCUAUAACCCACUCUGUGGAAGCGCUCAGCAUUGGAGUGACUGGAGCUGCCCCAUCCACUGGGGCAGCAAUACUUCAAAGGAGAAUCCUGAGAAUCCUGAGACUCCUUCGUUGUUUGCACAGAAAACUGUGCUGAUCCCCCUUGUCUCCAUGGCAUUCAUCGUGAUCCUCAUCUGUUUGUACUGCUGGCUGGAACGGACGAUGCCCCGAAUUCCUACCCUCAAGAACCUAGAGGAUCUGGUUACUGAAUACCACGGGAACUUUUCGGCCUGGAGUGGUGUGUCUAAGGGACUGGCAGAAAGUCUGCAGCCAGACUACAGUGAACGGCUCUGCCACGUCAGUGAGAUCCCCCCAAAAGGAGGGGAAGGGCCUGGGGGCUCCCCCUGCAGCCAGCACAGCCCCUACUGGGCUCCUCCAUGUUACACCCUGAAACCUGAGCCCUGA